AUGCUGAAGGAACCUAGCUCGCUCCGCCCUUCGACAGGAAGCAGCGCUUGUUCGCAACCCCCGGGUCCUGAAUGGAAUGACCGGGAGCGCAGGUGUCUGACAGACCUAGGUCUACGGGCGUGCAUGACUGCGAGGAGUCGCCAUACAAAGGCGGCGAUCGCAGAGUUCAAUGAUGCUCUACGUGGUGUUGUGGAAGUCAUGGUCGAUUCCAAAUCGGGCAAUGCGAAGGAUAUUGUUCAGGGGGCCACGGAGCUCACAGACGAGUUCGGAGAAAGGCUCUGGCUUUCACCAGCACUUCAAGACAGGCCAUGGCUUUUCGAAGCUGCGCCAGUCUUCUCCAUGAACUAUGAGCGUAUCAAAGGGCUGCUUGCCAAGCUUCUCCAAGCAAUGCUCGAUGCUCGCCAACACCGCAGUGCGGUUGUAGAAGACUCUGGUGGUCAGCUUUCAGCAGAGACGUACGAGUCUCGACUUGUGAGCGGUCAGAACAAUCCACCGCAGAGGCGGCCCGCAGUGCAUUCAAGGUCGUUGCCAGCAAAGCCAAACGAACAGCAAUCCAACAACAUUGAAAGACAUUGGCCCGUGGACUGGUACGCAAAGCUUGCGCCUGGUAUACUUGUCGCGGAUGCCGAGAGCCUUCCCCCCACCCGUGCGGAGGGCCUUGGCAAACAGAUGCUCCAGAAUCUGGCCUGGCUAGCCAAGUACACCGAUGGGACGUCAUUUGACCUAGCCAAGAAGGCUCUCCUGGCCGAGCUACUACGUCGCCGCAGUGGUCAAGUACCUAAAGACAACACUCGCAUUUCCACAAAACCGACGUUACAGCCUCAGGACGUCAUUCGGGUCAUCGAGCGAGUCGUUCCAGGAUGUGCGAAUCAGUGGAAGUCGUGUACGAGCGACGCUUCUCACAUUGCUGCGUCGGAGAACCCCAGGCGCAAGAGUCAAGAGGAUGUCAGGAAGCAAGGUACCGAGAAGAAGCUAUGCCCGACCACGACGGAGUGGUAUUCGUCUUCCUCUACAGCCAAGGGUGCGGAUGACGGACAGCCGCAAAAGCCGGCUGAGCCGAUAUCUGUUCGCCCAAAAAGGUUGGAGGCAGCCUCAAUCACGAUUAAGAGCCCACGAAUUCCCUCGACCGAAAGUGUGGGCAGAACGAAGCCUGACAUUCCUUCCCAGACCAGCAACGACACAGAUCAGAGUGAACAAGCUGGACCGAAUCGUGGAGUCACAGCCCAGACACCCACUCAGACUGCCCAUGCCAAUGAUGGAAUUGGAUCGAGCCGUGGAGUAACAGCCGAAACACAAAGUCCGGCUACAACUGAAUACUUCCAUGCGCUACCAUUUACCGCCAUCAACGGGACCAAGCCUGAAGCCGCGGCCAAGAUCGACAGUAGUAGACGGACAGUCAACACAGCCAUACUGACCGACCGGACAAAGACAUCGACCUCGUCCGGGACCGACCCGGUCGAUACUACACCCGUCCAGGGACCUGCAAAUGCAUCGACCUUGGCCUCUGGGAAGACAAGACCCGAAAAGCCGGGCGUAGAAGAUUGGCAAGGAUCAUUGAGCUGUCAGAAUAGAGCUUCGCCAAUCCCUGAUGGCAACGCCUCAAGUGACGACUCUGAUUUGAGCUCAAAUGCUUCACCGGUAAGGGACCCAUUGUCCCGAGUAGCCUCCAUUCUAGCGACCACGUUCGAGAAAGGUCCCAGUCCAACCGCAUCUCCUCUCUCGAAAACCCUCUCGAAAGCCGCACUCCAGGACCCAGACUUCAAUGACUUAGAACAAGAACUCGUCGAACUCAGACUAUCCAUCCGUGGAGAUCCUUCACCUCCAAUCGAGAUCGCUUUCCAACACUGUCUGACCAUCGAAGGCAUCCUCGACCAGGUCCUGCAGAGCCCAUUCUGUGACGUCGUUGACCUCGAAGAGCAGUGUCAAGGCCUAUGGCUAAGAUCCUCGAUGCCGCUGGGCACGAAGGAGAUCUUCAUGGGUCCGUCACAGUCUGAGACCUAUGUGGAGUUCCUUCGGCAAGUGAAGGAGGAGUCGAGGAUGGCAGCGGGCGGCCCAGUUGUUGCCGCCGUGGAGAUUGAGUUGUUUUGGUGA